GGAUGGGCGGAGCCUCAGACUGCAGUUGUUACGUAGGCUGUAAACAGGAAGUCACCGCUGAGGGAAGGAAGCCUGUCAAGCUAGUAGAUGAGAUUGUAAAAACGGAGGCUUUGGGGCGAAUUUUGAGGAGCCUGAGGAAUCAUCAUGGGCAAAAGCUGUAAAGUCGUGGUGUGUGGUCAGGCUGCAGUUGGAAAAACGGCCAUUCUUGAGCAGCUACUGUAUGCCAACCAUGUUGCAGGUUCAGAGCCAAUGGAGACCCUGGAGGACAUCUAUAUUGGCUCCAUAGAAACGGACCGUGGCACCAAAGAACAAGUGCGCUUUUACGACACUCGUGGGCUCCGCGAGGGGAUGGAAUUUCCCCGCCAUUACUUCACUUUCGCAGAUGGAUUCGUGCUCGUCUACAGCAUCGACAGCAAAGAGUCGUUUAAGCGAAUGGAGGCUCUUAAGAAAGAUAUCGAUCGUCAAAGGGACAAGAAGGAGGUGACAAUCGUUGUGCUGGGAAAUAAACUGGACAAGCCAGACGAGAGGAGAGUGGACCCCACCUACGCCCAGAAUUGGGCGAGAAAUGAGAAGGUCCGUCUGUUUGAAGUGUCGGUGGUGGACCGUCGCACGCUCAUAGAACCUUUUGUUUAUCUGGCCAGCAAAAUGACUCAACCACAGAGCAAGUCCACAUUCCCUCUCAGUCGCAAUAAGAACAAAGGUGGAGGUUCCACUGACAGUUAAAAUGCUGAUCUUCAAAGGUGAUGGAGGGGGGCUGUGAGAGGGAAAGUGAGGUUUUUCGGGUCCUGGAAGAGAGAAAAAGACCGAAAUACUGCUGUGAUAUUUAUAACCAGUGAGUGCUGUCAUAUUUAAUCACUAUAAUUGCUGUCAUGGUGGAAAAACAAUGAAGAAAAAAAAUUGAUGUAGUUUCUGAGAAUCAUGGUCAAAAAAUUUCACUUCCA